AUGAGCUCUCCCGGCGAUACACCCAGCUCCCAGCCGUCAAUGACGAAGCUCGAAAUUCUUCCUACGAUAGGGGAGAAUAACCUACAAGCUCUGCUAGAGGAACACGGUCUUGAAUAUACCCCUGAUGGCGAGCAUAUACGCUGGCUAGCUUCGAAUCCGAAGCACCCACGCAAUUGGUCCAUGUUACGAAAGAUCUAUGACAGCGGUUUGAUCAUUAUUUUGGAUCUUUUCACAACGGCCGUGAGUACAGCAGGUCCUUUCACGCUAAUUAUAGACCUUCUCUCUUGGAAAACUAGGUAUCUCUUAGGCCAAGGAGUCGGAGGGAUCAUAUUCCCGCCAUACUCGGAGUCUUUUGGACGCAAGAAGCUGUAUAUCGUCAGCACUGGACUAUACAGCCUUUUUUGCGUUGUGGUUGGGCUUGUCCCCUCCGUAGCUGGAGUCAUAGUGGGCCGCUUCUUCUCCGGAUUCUUAUCGGCCAUCCCAACCAUUGUGGUGGCAGGAAGCAUCGAGGAUAUUUUCAAUUCCAAAGACCGCAUCUGGCUGAUCUUCAUGUGGGCAAUGGUGGCCAACAUGGGGUUGAUCCUUGGACCCAUCAUGAGCAUUUAUAUCAUUGAUCAUUUGGACUGGCCAUCACUGCUCCUUUCCCGUGAGGUUGCCAAAUUGAAAAAGUCAACCGGUAUAACCACGCUCAAGGCUCUAAACCCUGACCAUACCCCAGACAUGAAGACGUUUGCUCGGAUAGCUCUUUUCCGACCCCUCAAAUUAUUCUUUACAGAGCCGAUUGUCUUCAUGGUUGCUACGAUUAGUGCAGUAGCUUUUGCACUCAUCUAUCUGUUCACAGAGGCUCUUCCCCCGAUAUAUGAGGACCUUGGAUUCUCCAGCGCAAACUCGUCCCUUCCUUUCCUCGCGAUUGGCAUCGGUUUGAUCAGCGGAGUUCUCACCCGUAUCUUUGAUCAUAGAAUGAUCACAAGAUACCAGAGAGAAGGCAAGGUACUGCAGCCAGAACAUAAGCUUGUUGGAUUCUCCAUUGGCGCUCCGGUUCUUGCAGUUGGUCUCUGGUGGUUUGCGUGGACUAUUCCGCCGCGUGUUCCUGGAGUCCACUGGGUGGUAUCUGCUAUAUCCCUGGUACUGAUCGGCUAUGCAUUAAAUGAGUUCGACGCCGUCUUAGCCGGCUAUCUAGCCGACAGCUACCUGAGCUAUUCAGCGAGUGGGUUCGCUGCUCUAUCUCUUGUGCGUUCCACACUUUCUGCUGUUUUUCCACUAUUUGCCGGACGGAUGUACGAAGUGCUGGGCGCGAAUCUAGCCACUUCUAUUCUUGCAGCUUUGGCAACUGUCUUCUGCAUCAUUCCGCCCUUGUUCACCAGGUAUGGACCACGGAUCCGAGCACGCAGUAAGUUUGCAAGGUAUAGUUUGCAGGUAUAUCAGGAGAACGGAGUGGACAAGGACGGAUACUAG